AUGAUUCAGCUGUUGUACACUGCAAUUUUUGCCGAGAUGGCAGUGAUUUUGACUCUGAUAUUCAAAACUCCAUUAAGAAAGCUGGUGAUCAUGGGUUUGGAUCGGGUCAAGCGAGGGAGGGGACCCGUCGUCGUCAAGACUGUUGCUGGGACAAUCUUACUUGUUCUCUUGUCGAACGUAUACAGUAUUGGGAAUAUUCAGAAGAUUAAGAUCGAAGCGGGCGCUCUUAAUCCAACUGAUGAGGUUCUCAUGGCCAUGCUCUUGCUCCAAGCCUCUCUUUUGGGCUUCUUGCUGUUCCUCUCACUGAUGAUAGAUAGGUUACAUCAUUACAUUAGAGAACUUCGUUUACUGAGGAAGACAAUGGAGGCUGCUAAGAAACAAAACAACCGAGGAUUUGAAGAGGGAAAAAAUGGAGAGGUCAAAGCUUUGGGAGAAGAGGUUGAAACCUUGAGGAGUAAGAUCAAAAAGUUAGAAUCUGAUUGUGAGGCAAAAGCAAAGGAGGCAAAGGCUGCGGGAGCUGAGGCAGAGGCUCUGAGAAAACAAUCUGAAGGCUUACUUCUAGAGUAUGAUCACUUGCUUGAGGAUAAUCAAAGCCUGCGGAACCAGUUGGCGGCAAUAGACCAAACUUCAUCGCAAUCUGAUGGCAAGAAGAAUAUGUAA